AGAGAUAAAAAGAAGUAGAGUGAGCAUCAGCCCCUAGCCAAGAACCAAGGACAGAAAGACAAGAAACAUUGCCUGUGUCUCGAGACGUGAAGAGAAAGGAGGAGAAAAGGAGAGGCUGUAGGGAGGAUAAUGUCUCUGCGAACUGCAGCUGUGUUUGUUCUCCUCCAGCGGGUGUCAUCUGCAGAGGCCUCACUGUCAACUCCGGUUACCUGCUAUAUCCUGGAUGGCUUCCUGCUUCUCUACUGUAUUGUUUUCACGGGCCUUUUCUUCAGAGAAAAGCUUCUGCAUUCUACAUUUCCUUCCAAUGUAGCUUCAAACACGGAUAAUGGUGCUAAUGGUAAUUAUGAGGAACAAAAUCUUGCCGACCCAUCAUCAGGAGCAAUACCAAAGCGUAGGCAGGAAGAGGGUGAUAGAACAUAUCAGACUCUUGGAGAUGUAGAAUCUGAUCCCUACCAGAUGAUUGAAAGCACCAAGACCAAGAGUCGGGCUCGCAAGGUGAAGAAGACAGAGGUUUACGAGUCUCUCAAUCUAGACACGAAGACCAACGAGACAUAUCAACCUCUGGCAAAGCGGCCCUCUCCCCCUUCUCCUCCUGGCCCCUGACAACCUCCUCCUGCCCCUCAUCCUACCCCCUGCCCUCCUCCUACCCUUCUACUACCCCAUGACAACCUGCUCCUGCCCCUUAUCCUACCUCCUGCCCCUCAUCCUACCCCCUGCCCUCCUCCUACCCUUCUACUACCCCAUGACAACCUGCUACUGACCCUUAUCCUGCCCCUCAUCGUACCCCCUGCCCUCCUGCCCUCAUCCUACCCCAUGACAACCUGCUCCUGACCCUCAUCCUACCCCCUACCCCCUUACCCCUCAUCCUACCCCCUGCUCUCCUCCUAGCUUCCCCUGACCUGUUACCUUUUCUGUCUUUGUCAUCUGUCAUAUUCCUGGUCUUGCUUGUAUGUAACAGAUCAAAUCAUGAUACCAAAAAAAUUUGAUCAGUGUUAGUCAUUUCUAUGUCAAUUGUCAGCAAGUCAUAAGGCUACUUAUGUACUGUAUGCUUGCAAAGGACUGCAAUAAAAGAAAUGAUAG